UAUUUACAGGGUUUCAGACAAACACUUGGUGCUCGGCCAGGGCCCAGCCCUCGGUGCUUGUGGACAGGCUGGGCGCAGAGGAUGAGCAUACCUGUCUGAGCAGCUCCCGGGGCUGAAUCAGCUCUCAGCAAACAGAGCCUCAGCCCCCCCUUGCAGGGCUCUGCAGGCUGGGCCAGGUGGGGCUGCCGAGCUCCUGUGACAUUUUCUACCCCGCUCGUUUUGCAGAACCUUUUAGCUCAGAGACCUUUAAUGUCCUUCCUGCCUGCAGCCGCAGCUGCCUCGUGUUGCUGUCAGCCCUGUGCCUUUCAUGUUCCCCUGCUUUGCUCUUUUCCCACUGUCCGGCCGCCCUGGGAACCCCAAGCUGUGGUUACGUGGCCAGACAAGCACAAGCCCAGGUCUGGAGCCUGUGAGCAAAGGGGAAGGAAGCCAAAUGGGCAGUGAGGGAGGAACUGAAAUUCGUGUGAAGCGCUGGAAUCGCCGCUGGCCUGGCGGAGAUGAGAGCAGCGCAGGUUCUCCCAGGCAGUGAGUCAUGCAGGAGCUGCAGGCUGUGGCUCCGAGGCGAGGAGGGCAGGGGCUGAGCCUCAGGAGGGCAGGGGCUGAGCCUCAGGAGGGCAGGGGCCGAGCCUCCCAUCUCCCCUUCGGCCGCAUCACCGGCUGCAGCCCUUGGUGUGGCGGCGGGAGGAUGCUCUGCCCCACAUCGCACAUCCCUGAGCAGGGCCGGGGCACGGGCUGGGCCUCUGGGCUGCCCUGCACAGCACACAGCCAUGGGCACAGGCAGGCUGCAGCUGGCCCUCCUGCCCGGGCUCAUGCUGCUGUCCCUGUCCCUGGCAGGGCUCUGCUCGGGGGCUGCAGGGGUGUUCACAGAGCCCCAGCUCCGAGCUAGGGCCGGGGACUCCGUGCUGCUGCAGUGCCUCUUCCUGGACCCCGACAGCAAGGGAUGGACCCUGCACAAAGUGGACUGGCUGUACAGGGCAGGAGCUGGCAUGCAGGAGGAGAUGGUGUUUUUUUACUACAGCAACCGCGGCAUCCCCGCGGGCCGCUUCAAGCAGCGGGCGCAGUGGCGGGGGAACAUCUCCGGCUGGGACGGCUCCAUCCUGCUGCAGGACCUGCGCCUCAACGACAGCGGCACCUACGAGUGCGAGCUGCGCCUGCUGGAGACCAGCAGCGUCUUCAGGAGCCGCACGGUGCUGCUCGUCAGCCCCGCGGCGCCCAGAGGUACCGAGGAUGCGGCGCCCCCGAGGGACUCCGGGUUCUGGCCGGCCGUGGUGGGCUGUGGCUGCGUGGCCGUGGUGGUGGCGUUCCUGGCCGGGCUGUGCGUGAGGAAGAGGUUUGCGACCGUCUCAGCGCUGGAGAGGAUGGGGAACAGCACCAACAAGGGCAAAGCAGAGGAAGCAAUUUACACCUCCAUCCCCGGAGCUGAGGUGCCCAAGGCUGAGCAGGAGGCGAAGAAGAAGAGGAGAGCUGAGGACACGUACAUAACCAUGCACCCAUCUCACUGCCGCGACAACGGCGUCUACGUGGAGCUGGCCAAGAGGGCCAUCCCAUCAGAAUGGAUGGCAGAGGAGACCCAGGGGCAUGGACAGGGCCAGGAGCCCCUCAGCAGGCCAGAGGAGGCACCUCCCCAGCCCCCAGAGCAGCAGAAGUAGCUGUGCUGGGGAUGCAGCCCCGUUCCAGGUGUGUCCGACACACCUUUGUCCCUGUGAGGACCGAGAACUGGUGACACGUAUCUGUGUGCCCCGUGCCAGGGCACUGCUGGGCACAGCCCACCCCAGCUGUGUGCAGGGCACCAGGGGACACCUGUCCCUGUGGCUCUUGGGCCUCCAGAGAGCGGGCACAGCCUCACGCUCCAGCUCUGCUCCUGGCCCAGGUGAGCAUCCCCGAGGGGGCAGAGGCAGCAGGAGCUGUCACAGCGUUUUUCUGUACAUAAUAAAACUCAGGGAGUCUUCCCUGAUGCUG